AUGUUAGACGAUAUUGAAAUUAAGUCAAGGAAAAUGUUGAAACCCUCAGCUUCUACCUCGGAUAAUCUUCGGAUAUUGAAGCUUUCCUUGUUCGAUCAGCUGGCUCCUCGUUCAUAUGUACCAAUCCUCUUCAACUACUUGCCGAGCAGCACUUCAUCAUAUGAUAAGCUUGAAAAAUCAUUGGCGGAGACGCUAACCAAGUUUUACCCUUUUGCUGGAAGAUUUGGAAAAGAUGAUCCAUUCUCAAUCGAUUGCAAUGAUGAAGGUGUUGAGUAUGUUCAAACCAAAGUCAAUGCAGACGAUCUUCCUGAAUUUCUCCAUCGUCAAGCCAAUGAUAUUGAGUCGUCUUUGCUUCAUCUUCUUCCUGUAAUGGUUCAUAUGCCAUCAACUCCAUUACUUGGUGUCCAAGUCAAUGUAUUUAAUAAUGGAGGAAUAGCUAUAGGGAUAAACGUUUCUCACAUCAUAGCUGAUGCUUUCACUAUAGCAACAUUUGUAAAGGAAUGGGCGACCACUUGCCUUAUAACAGGGACCAUCAGUACACAAGAUACUACUAAUAAUAAUUAUCUCCCCAGUUUUGGUCAAUUGUCAUCGCUCUUUCCAGCAAGAGUACUGCUACAGUUGCCAUCACCUCCCAACACUAGUACUACUGACCCUGAGAUUGUCACAAGGAGGUUUGUCUUUGAUGCUUUGACAAUAGAAAACCUCAGAAAAACAAUCAAAGACGAUUCAACUACUGAUGAUGACGACAUGAUCAAGCAGCCUUCUAGAGUGGUGGUCGUGAUGUCCGUAAUAUGGAAGGUUCUUACACACAUUUCUUCCGCCAAAAAUGGAAAUUUAAGGGACUCGUCUUUAGGAUUUUCUAUUAAUUUGAGGGGAAAACUGUCAUGUGUACCGUCUUCAGAACAUGCUCUAGGGAAUUAUGGAAUGAUAGGAAUUGCUAAUAUGGAGGCCGAUGAGGCAAGAAAGGAUGAGUUGAAUGAUUUUGUAAAGUUGGUAGGAAAUACAAUACGGGACACAUGUGCAGCCAUUGGUAAGGCGGAAAGCGUUGAUGAUAUUUCCUCUUUAAAUGUUAACAAUCAAAAAAAAGCUGUAGAAAAACUUGUCCAAGGAGACAAGAUGGACAAUUAUAUCACCACUAGUUGGUGCAAAUUGCCUUGGUAUGAAGCUGACUUUGGUUGGGGAAAACCAUUUUGGGUGAGCCCCGUUGGCUUCAAUGCUAUUGAAGGAGCUUUUCUGAUGGACACAAAAGAUGGUAAUGGAAUACAAGUAGCGGUUUGUUUGAAGGAGAAAAACAUGACUGAAUUCGAGAAACACCUUGACAUUUUGUCCUCCACUCCCAUAGUUGGAGAAAAUGAAACUACUAAAAUUUCUUGUUUUGCGUUGCUUUGCUUGUUGCUUCCUAUUUUCUUCAUUCAUCACAAACCAAUGUUUGGCUAUGAGAUUAAUAAGCCAGUUGGGGAAGUAGUUGUGAUUACCUGCAAGCCAGAAUAUGCCUAUGGAAGCGCUGGGUCCCCACCGGAUAUCCCCCGAGUGACAGCAUUGAAGUCUCACAUUAUUAACCAAGCUGCGCGACAUGUAUUAGCCAACACUCUUAACUCCAGCCGAAGACUCUUCCUAUCUUGCAAAUAUGUAAACCAUAAACUCCACUCCACAUUUCCUUGGUAUAAAGCCGAUUUUGGUUGGAGGAAGCCAUGGUGGGUGAGCAGUGUUAGCAAAAAUUAUGAAGGAAUAAGUCUGAUGGACACAAAAGAUGGUGAUGGAAUACAAGUAUGGAUUGCUUUGAAGGAGAAUGACAUGGUUCAAUUCGAGAGAGACCCUUACAUUUUGUCCAACACUUUGGAAAGCAGCAUUUGA